GGAGUGGAGGGACUUCGGACUCAACACGGGCGCCUCUUGGGCAGGAAACAAGUGGACCUUAGGCGAGUUUGGCACAACCAGCUGUAUGCAAUGAAUGGCCAGACUUCUCCUCUUGAUGUCCUGGUCACCAGCAGUACUGAACAGGCAAUGGUCACCAAAAACAUGAAGGCUGGGCUGGAAGCGAGCAACCCUUUCAGGCCCCAAGUGGAGACAGCCCUGUGCACCAAAGCCAAGAGCAUUGCUGGAGUGUAUGUGGAGGCCUCUGGGCAGACCCAGAGCAUCUAUGUUGCCACCAAGCAGGGUCUUCUGCCUACUGUGCUUGGAUUGGCUCUGCUGGAGGCCCAGGCAGCCACUGGGGGCCUUGUGGACCCCACCCAGGGCCAACUGCUCUCUGUGUCCAAGGCCCUGCAGCAGGGCCUGGUGGGGCUAGAGCUAAAGGAGAAGCUGCUGGCUGCUGAGCGUGCAGUCACUGGCUACCCUGACCCUUAUGGGGAUGGGAAGCUGUCCCUCUUCCAGGCUAUUGGGAAGGAGGUUGUGGAAAGAACUCUCGGGUGGAGAUGGCUAGAGGCUCAACUGGCCACUGGGGGCCUGGUGGACCCCACUCAGGGUGUGCGAGUGGCCCCUGAGGUUGCCUGCCAGCAGGGCCUCCUGGACCAGGAGACCUGGCUUAGUCUGUCCCAGCUGGUGUCCAGCACAGAUGCCCCAGGCUUCUUUGACCCCAACACCCUGGAGCAGUUGCGGUAUGGCACACUGCUGGCCAGGUGUGUGCAGGCCCCUGGGUCAGGGCUGGCAUUGCUGUCCCUCAAGACCACUUUCUGUACCCUGGGAGGGGCAGCCAGUGUUUCUGAGCUACUGGAAGCAGGAGUCCUGGACAAGGAGGUAGUCCAGGGCCUACAGGAGGGCACACUGGCAGUGUCAGAUGUAAGCAUGCGCCCUGAGGUGCAACGCUACCUAGAGGGUACCAGCAGCGUGGUGGGCAUUGUUCUAUUGCCUGAAGGCCAAAAGAAAGGCUUCUUCAAGGCUACUACUGAACACCUGCUUUCAAUGGGCACUGCACUCCCGCUCCUAGAGGCUCAAGCUGCCACCCACACCCUGGUGGACCCAGCCACAGGCCAGCGGCUAUGGGUAGAUGAGGCAGUCAAGGCAGGCCUGGUUGGCCCAGAGCUCCACAAGCAGCUCCUGGUGGCAGAGCAGGCAGUGACUGGGUACCAUGACCCUUUUAGCAGCUCCCGGAUCCCCCUCUUUCAGGCCAUGAAGAAGGAGCUGGUGGACCAGGCACUGGCUCUGCGUCUCCUGGAUGCUCAGCUGGCCACAGGUGGGCUGGUCUGCCCAGCCCGCAGGUUCCGGCUACCCCUAGAGGCUGCCUUAUGCCUUGGCUGCCUGGAUGAAGAGACUCAGCAACAUCUUUCCCAGGCUGCAGGCUUCUCAGACCCCAGCACCCAUGGCAGUGUGAGCUAUGAGCAGUUACUGGCCAGCUGUGUCACUGACCCAGAGACAGGGCUCACCUUCCUGCCCCUCUUCGGGAAGCCCCUUGGAGAAGUGCUCCAGGGAUCCACUUUCAUUGAGCAUCACACUCGACAGGCCUUAAGUGCAGCCACAGCCUCUGUCUCUGUGGGGAAGUUCCAGGGCCGGGCUGCAUCCCUCUGGGAGCUACUCUUCUCUGAGGCAGUCCCUGUAGAGCAGAGGGUACUAUUGGCCCAGCAGUACCAGGAAGGGGCCCUUUCUAUGGAAGAGCUGGCAGCUCAGCUGAAGGCUAUCAUUGAGCAGGCUGCAGCUACUACCAGAGUCACUUUUGCUGGGCUGAGGGACACUGUGACACCAGCAGAGCUGCUGAAAGCUGAGAUCAUUGACCAAGAGCUAUAUGAGCAGCUGGAACGUGGGCAGGCCUCAGCCAAGGAUGUGGGCAGUCUGGACUCCGUGCAGAGGUACUUGCAGGGCACAGGCUGCAUCGCUGGCCUACUACUGCCUGGAUCCCAGGAGCGCCUCAGCAUCUAUGAGGCCCGCAGCAAGAGGCUCCUCAGGCCAGGUACUGCUCUCAUCCUCCUUGAGGCCCAGGCUGCCACAGGCUUCAUCAUCGACCCAAAGGGAAACAAGAGAUACUCUGUGAAGGAGGCUCUGAGGGCUGAUGUCAUUGGUCCUGACGUGUAUGCAAAGCUGCUGUCAGCAGAGCGCGCAGUCACUGGCUACACUGACCCCUACACUGGGGAGCAGAUCUCCCUUUUCCAGGCCAUGCAGAGGGACCUCAUUGUACAUCACCAUGGCAUCCGCCUGCUGGAGGCCCAGAUCGCCACAGGGGGCAUCAUUGACCCUGUGCAUAGCCACCGUGUGCCUGUGGAUGUGGCCUACCAGCGCGGCUACUUUGACCAAAUGCUAAACUCAAUCUUGUUGGACCCAUCCGAUGAUACCAAGGGCUUCUUUGACCCCAACACACAUGAAAACCUCACCUACCUACAGCUGCUGGAGCGCUGCAUUCGAGAUCCUGAGACAGGCCUUUACCUCUUGCCCCUCAGCAGCACGCAGCCCCAGCUCAUAGAUGGUGCCACCCGGGAGACCUUCCAGAACUUACUGCUGUCUGUGAGGUAUGGACGGUUCCGGGGACAGAAGAUUUCUGCGUGGGAGCUGAUCAACUCGGAGUACUUCAGUGAAGACUGGAGGAGGCAGCUGCUGCAGCGCUAUCAGCAGUGCAAGGUUACACUCAAGUGGGUCACGCAACUGCUGGAGAGAGAGAUGAGGAGGUGGGCUGACAUCACACUACCGACACUGCGGGGCCGAGUCACUGUCUACCAGCUCCUAGAGGCCCACAUCAUUGACCAGGAGCUGUUGGACCAGGUGCUGGAGGGGGUGGUCAGCCCAGACACCCUCUUCCACAAGAAUAGAGUCCAUAGGUACCUGCAGGGCUCGGGUGCUGUGAGUGGUGUGUUGUUGCGACCCUCCAACCAGAGGCUCAGCCUCUACCAGGCCAUGAAACAGAAGCUGCUAACACCAGGUGUGGCCCUGGCCUUGCUGGAGGCUCAAGCAGCCACUGGAGCCAUCAUGGACCCCUGCAGUCUGGAGACCCUGACAGUGGAUGAGGCUGUAUGCAGGGGAGUGGUGGGGCCAGAGGUAUACAGUAGGCUGAAGUGGGCUGAGGACUCUGUCACUGGCUUCAGAGACCCCUUCUCUGGGAAGAGGGUGUCCCUGUUCCAGGCCAUGAAGAAGGGCCUUAUCCCUGUGGAGCAGGCCACACGCCUCCUAGAAGCCCAGGUAUCCACAGGAGGAGUCAUUGAUCCCACGGGCCACUACCACCUCCCCAUGUCUGUGGCCAUCCAACGUGGCUGCAUUGACCAGGAUAUGGAGGCUGCCUUGUCUAGCUCUCCCAAGACCUUCCCCAUGCCAGAUGGCCAGGGUCACACCAGCUAUUCCCAGCUUCUGGAGCAGUGCUCCCGGGAUGAGGCCUCUGGUCUUCACCUCUUGCCCUUGGAAGAAAGUGCUCCUGUUGUUCCCACUGACACUCAGAUCCAGGAGACUCUGCAGUCCACACCAGGGACUGAGGAUGGCUUAUCUCUCUGGGACCUGCUCAACACCUGCCACUUUACUGAGGAGCAGCGCAAGGGCCUCCUGGAGGAUGUGCGGGUUGGGAGAACCUCUGUUCCACAACUGCAAGCCACUGUGUCCAGCCAGGUGCAGGAAGCAGAGCUCCUAGCCCAGACCCGAGUCACAGUUCCAGGCCCAAGAGGUGAGGUCCCUGCUGUCUGGCUGCAGGAUGUGGGCAUCAUUACCCAGGAGACACUGGUGGCACUGGCUCAGGGCACACAGUCACCAGCCGAGGUUGCCGAGCUGCCUGCUGUGAAGGCCUGCCUCUGGGGAACAGGUUGUGUCGCUGGUGUGCUGCUACAGCCCUCCGGGACCAAAGUGAGCAUUGCCCAGGCCAUGAGGGAUGGCCUGCUGCCCAUGGGCCUGGGCCAGAGGCUCCUGGAGGCCCAGGUGGCAUCUGGCUUCCUUGUUGACCCACUGACAAGCCAAAGGCUGUCAGUAGAAGAUGCGGUCAAGGCUGGCCUGGUGGGCAAAGAACUGAGUGAGCCACUCAGGCAGGCUGAGAAGGCUGUAGCUGGGUACACUGAUCCUUACAUGGGGGGCUCCCUGUCACUAUGGCAGGCCAUGGAGAAGGGGCUUGUACCCCAGAUAGAGGGCUUCCCCCUCCUACAGGUGCAGCUGGCCACAGGGGGUACAGUGGAUCCUAUUUAUGGGGUACACCUGUCUCAGGCAGUGGCCUGCAGGCUUAGAAUUCUAGAUGAGCACACCAGUCAGGCACUGACAGCCACCAAGGAGGACAACAAGUUCUUCUUUGACCCCAAUGCCAGGGAAAAGGUGACUUACCAGCAGCUCAGGAAGCGAUGUGUUCUGGACAGUAACACUGGCCUGUGGCUCCUGCCCUUGCCCCAGGACACUGUGCUUGAGGUAGAUGACCACACUGCUGUGGCACUGAGGGCCAUGAAAGUGCCCAUCAGCAUGGGGAGGUUCCAGGGGCACAGUGUGUCACUCUGGGACCUGCUACGCUCUGAGUACAUCAGUGCCAACAAACGUCAGGAGCUGGUAGCGCUCUGUCAGUCUGGGCGAGCUGCAGCCCUGCGGCAGGUGGUCACUGCAAUCACUGCUUUGGUGGAGGCUGCAGAGAAGCAGGCCCCGCAGACCACCUUCAGAGGACUCCGGAAGCAGCUGUCAGCCAGUGACCUGUUCAGGUCUCAGCUCAUUAACAAGCAGACCCUGGAUGAAUUGACUCAGGGGAAGAGAACAGUGGAAGAGGUAACAAAGAUGGACAGUGUGAGACAGUCCCUGGAAGGAGGCAACUUCAUUGCUGGGGUCCUCAUCCAGGCUACCAAUGAGAAGAUGAGCAUCUCUGAGGCCUUAAGAAGGAAUAUCCUGCGGCCUGGCACGGCCCUGGUGCUCCUGGAGGCACAGGCAGCCACUGGCUUCAUCAUUGACCCAGUGCAGAACCAGAAGCUGACCGUGGAGGAGGCAUUUGCCGCUGGGAUGUUCAGCAGGGAAACCUAUGUGAAGCUGCUGUCAGCUGAGCGCGCGGUCACGGGCUACACUGACCCAUACAAUGGGGAGCAGAUCUCACUCUUCCAGGCCAUGCAGAGGGACCUCAUCGUGCGUAACCAUGGCAUCCGCCUGAUGGAAGCUCAAAUUGCCACAGGUGGCAUUAUCGACCCUGUGCACAGCCACCGAGUGCCCGUGGAUGUGGCCUACCAGCGUGGCUACUUCGACCACGAGAUGAACCGCAUCCUGGCAGACCCUAGUGACGACACUAAGGGCUUCUUCGACCCCAACACGCAUGAGAACCUCACCUACUUGCAGCUGCUGGAGCGCUGUGUGGAGGACCCUGAGACAGGCUUGUACAUGCUACAAAUUGUAAAGAAAGGAGAGACCUACGCAUACACUGAUGAGGCCACAAGGCGUACUCUGCAGUCCAGAACUGUAGAAAUGCACGUGGGGAGGUUUGCAGGCCAGACAGUGUCUGUCUGGGAGGUCUUGUGCUCUCAGUACUUCACAGAGAAAAGAAAGAAAGAGUUGGUGUGGGAAUACAGAGCCCAGAACAUGGACCUAGACAAACUGCUGGCAGUCAUAACCACCACUAUUGAAGAAGUGGAGAAGCAAAACCAAGCCAUCCGUGUGCCAGCCAUCCAGGGGAAUGUAACAGUUGCUGAACUGUUCAACUCUGGGGUCAUUGACAAAAAGACCCUGGAUGCAAUUCACAAUGGGGAAAAUCAGUGCCAGGACCUCCGCCAGCUGGAGCAUGUGAACACCUACCUGGAAGGCAUUGGUUGCAUUGCUGGGGUGACUGUACCCUCCACUGGGGAAGUCCUGAGCUUUGAGGAAGCCAGCAGGAAAAAGCUGAUCCCUGCAGGGUUUGCAGCCCAGAUGCUAGAGGCUCAGGCAGCAACUGGGCUCCUGCUAGACCUCCACACCCACCAGAAGCUGUCUGUGAAUGAGGCGAUGGCAGCUGAUCUGGUAAGCAAAGAGCUGCAGGAAAGGCUUGUGGCUGCCGAAAGAGCUGCCAAGGGUUACACUGACCCAGUCACAGGGGAGACAAUCCCACUAUUUCAGGCCAUGAAAAAGAAGUUAGUUCAGAGAGAGGAGGCAUUGAGGCUGCUGGAGGUGCAGGUUGCCACAGGGGGCGUAGUGGAUCCCCUGCAUCACCAUCGGCUGCCACUGGAAACAGCCUACAGACGUGGAUGUCUGCAUAAGGACAUAUAUGUGUUUAUUGCAGAUCAGAAGCACAUGAAGAAGAGGUUUGUGGACCCCAACACACAGGAGAAAGUCACCUACCAUGAGCUUCAGAAUAGAUGUCAGAGGGAGGAGUCAGGCUGGACUCUGUUUCCACUGAUCAGGGAGGCAAAGGAUGCUACAUAUGUGGAUGAGGCAACCAAAAGAGCCUUAGAGGAAGAGAGGGUAGAUAUAAAGGUGGGAAGGUACAGAGGUCAGAGGUGGUCAGUAUGGCAACUACUGAACUCAGAAUAUAUAACGGAGGACAAAAAGUUAGAACUGGUUAGAAUAUACAAAGGAGACACGACACGAGCAAUUCAAACAGUGGUAGAACUUAUUCUACAAAUAAUUGCAGAAAAGGAAACAACAACAAAACCACUAUGGUUCAGAGGUAUGAGAACACAAAUAAAGGCAGUGGAGCUGUGUGCAUCCAAAAUCAUCUCAACAAAGACAUUGGUAGACCUGCAGGAAGGGAAGAGUACAGUGACCGAAAUUGAAGGAAAAGAAGAAGUAAAACGAUACUUGGAGGGCACCAGCUGCAUCGCGGGGGUGCUGGUGCCCACCAAGGGCCAGCCCGGACACCAGGAGAAGAUGAGCAUCUACCAGGCCAUGUGGAAGGGGCUGCUGCGGCCCGGCACGGCCCUGGUGCUCCUGGAGGCACAGGCGGCCACCGGCUUCGUCAUCGACCCCGUGCACAACCGGAAGCUGUCCCCGGCCCGCCGAGGGGAGCGCCUGGCCCAGCAUGCGGCGGGCCCCCUGGCGCUGCCCGACCUCGUGGCCAUCCUCAUCCGGGCGGUGGAGGAGGCAGAGGCAGAGGCGCAGGCACGGCUCAGCGGCGUGUCCUUCCGGGGCCUGCGGCGCCAGGUGUCCGUGUCCGAGCUGCAAAAGUCCGGGAUCCUGGGCCCCGAGACCCUCCGGGACCUGGCCCAGGGCACCAUGACGCCUCAGGAGGUGACGGAGAUGGACUCCGUCAAGCGCUACCUGGAGGGCACCAGCUGCAUCGCGGGGGUGCUGGUGCCCACCAAGGGCCAGCCCGGCCACCAGGAGAAGAUGAGCAUCUACCAGGCCAUGUGGAAGGGGCUGCUGCGGCCCGGCACGGCCCUGGUGCUCCUGGAGGCACAGGCGGCCACCGGCUUCGUCAUCGACCCCGUGCACAACCGGAAGCUGUCCGUGGAGGACGCCGUGGCCGAGGGCGUGGUGGGCGGUGAGAUCCGGGAGAAGCUGCUGUCCGCUGAGCGCGCGGUCACGGGCUACACCGACCCCUACUCCGGGGAGCAGAUCUCCCUCUUCCAGGCCAUGCAGAGGGACCUCAUCGUGCGCGACCACGGCAUCCGCCUGCUGGAGGCCCAGAUCGCCACGGGCGGCGUCAUCGACCCCGUGCACAGCCACCGGGUGCCCGUGGACGUGGCCUACCAGCGCGGCUACUUCGACCAGGAGAUGAGCCGCGUCCUGGCGGACCCGGGCGACGACACCAAGGGCUUCUUCGACCCCAACACGCACGAGAACCUCACCUACCUCCAGCUGUUGCAGAGGGCCACUGUGGACCCAGAAACUGGGCUCUUGUUUCUCCGUUUAUUAUAGCAUCAAUUUUGUUUUGUAUUGUGUUUUUCUUGUUGGUUUCGCAAUACUUGUCAUUUUUCUUGUUCCAGUUCUGUUAUAGGUUACUUUUUUUCUUUUUCGGUUUAAAAGUUUGUUUUCUCUUCCUUUUCUUUCAUACAUCCUGUUCGUUUUACAUUUAUAGUCUGUAUCCCUUUCAUUUAUUCUUUUGUUCAUAGCUCUUUCUGUA